AAAAGACUGUUUUUCUUAAUAAAUUGGGCAUUUUUUUGAGAGGACAGCAAAAAAAAUGUUUUUACUAGUCGCUAUCUCAGUUUUGUUGGUUUCAAAUAGUUACGGCGAUUCAAUUGGAAAGCGUGCAUCGGAUCAAAGCAAUAAUUGUUUGAAAGCGCAUAACAGAUUGAGAGCUAAGCAUGAAAACACACCUCGAUUGGUUCUGGAUAACGUUCUCACAAAGAGCGCACAAAAAUACGCAGAAUACUUAGCUUCCAACAAUUUGUUUAAACACAGUGAUAGUGAUAGUAAAUAUGGCGAAAAUUUAUUUAUGCUAAAGGGAGGUGUUUCCAAAAAUAUUUGCGAUGAAGCUAGUAAUACGUGGUACUCUGAAAUUAAAAAUUACGACUAUGACGAACCCGGUUACGCUGAAGAAACGGGACAUUUUACCCAAUUGGUAUGGAGAGGAAGUAAGAAAGUUGGAUUUGGUAUUGCAACAAAAGGGAAAAAUACUGUUGUAGUUGCGCAGUACUUACCGCCAGGAAACAUGGAAGAAGAGUUUGAAGAAAAUGUUACGCCUUUAAUUUAGUCUUCACUCUAUUUUAACGCUAUAAUGAUGAAAUUUUUGUAACGUACUAGCAAUGAAUGAUGUAAUAAAACAUCUAGUGUAAAGAUGUGCAAAUGUAGCUGUGCUGCAAGUUUUUAAAUAUAUUAGAAUUAGAUUUUUUAGAA